GAUUGUGUUUAUUCGAUAAGUCUGCUAGCUCUUCUGUUAUCGAUACAUUGUUAUUGCUGUCGCGACUUGGCACGUCUAUGUUGAUUCACCGGGAUGUUUCUUAAACCAUAUAAACUUCGGAGUAAUGCUCCAUUAAAGGGCUCUGAAUCGAAGCGUUUACGACAACGUGUAGAAAGUACAUUUCCGGAUUCAACAUCCGAGGAGAUCAGUAUUCUUAUUCCUCCAAAGAGCGCUGUGACUCAAUUGAAACUGACAACACAUGGCGGCGUGCAAAUCAACGUCUUCUGUGUGGACAAGUUGCCCAUGUUCUUCGAACUGGAGUCAGGGGAGUUGGCUCCAACUUUAUACGCCUUGUGGCUUGUGUCUACAUUGUUGCCCUACUUUACCACUUUUCGUGAUGUAUUGCCAAAACUUUCUAAUGGUGCUGAUCUAAUGCUGCCGGGCGUAGUGCCGAAAGGCACUGGUAUGAAUAUGUAUGGCCGAUAUCGUCAAGGUCAGUUAAUGGCCGUAAAUUUGGUGUCAAAUGAAUCUGCAGUAGCUGUUGGCUAUUUACCUCGGUCCUCUGAUGAUUUGUAUAUGUGUGGUCGUCAGGGCGUUGCUGUGAAAAUGCUACACAUAUUCGGUGACAAACUAUGGGGACAUGAGCCUACAUUAGUACAGCAAGUACCCUUAAAAAAGGCAACGCCACUAACCACUGAUGACUUCCCAGAACUUGGUGCUAAGGAAGAUAAGCAAAAGCAGGUAAGCGAAAAGUUGACGUUGGCUGAUAUUGUAGCGGCAACCAAUUUAUCAGAAACGCCAGAUGCGGGCACAAAACUUCCUGAUGUGCAGAAUCUUAAAAUUUCCGAAAAUGAUGUUACAGAAGAUGUUAAAAAUCGCGAAAGUACUACCAAAGAUAUCUCCGAAGAAGGUUCCGCAACAACACCUGAAAUUAUACUAAAAAACGCCUUUCUGGCGGCGCUGAAGAAUCAUGGGAAAACUUUACAAUUGCCACUUUUAACAAGCAAUUUCUACCGCUUGUAUGUUGUGCCCGAGGCGCCUCAACCCAUUGACUUAAAGAAGACAAAAUACAAGAAGCUCUCGAAUUUCCUGAACGAAAUGAUUGAUGAGGGCUUCAUAGUCGUGCGCGAGGAGUCGAAAGGCGUAGAUAAAAUAACUGCCAUUGACCUUGAUCAUCCAGAACUAGUUAAUUUUAUUACAGAUUUCAAACCACCUAAGCAACCAAUGGACGGUGAAUUGCAAGAUCAGCCGUUGUUCCGUUCUGAGUUGACGGAAACUUAUAUAAUUACGGAUGCGACGGCGCCUUUCUUUGCGAAAGUGAAUUACAAGCGAGGCGAAGCUAUACCAACUGCACAAAUAAAAAAAAUCGUUCGCGAAUAUAUAAGCAAGCACAAUCUUCCCAAAGCGGAUCCUUCCGGCGGUACAAUCCAAUUAGAUGAAACCCUCGAAAGGAUAUGCGAUGUCAAGACAGCAUCCGUUAGUCAAAUAUGUGGCACACUUACCAGAAAAAUGGAGUACAGCUUCCAAAUGUGCGAACUGAAAAGCGUAGCAGCUAAUAAGCCUCUGAUUCAAAUGUCCCUUGCUACUCGUUCUGGUAAUAAAAAGGUAACUCUCAUCAGCAACGUCGAAUGCUAUGGAAUUAUUGUACCCGAAUUUAUAAAGUUAUGUAAACAAGGUGCUGCGGCAAGCACCACUGUGGUAAAACUACCACAUCAAAAAGCCGAACAGCUACAAAUACAAGGCAACCAGGUGCGAUUUGUUUACAAUUUAUUGACCGAAACUUAUAAAGUUCCACCGAAAUGUAUAUUAGGAUUAGAGUUAGCUAAGGAUGGAAAGAAACAUAAGAAAAAAUAAACUGACCGCUCAAAUGCAUUUGUUACAUGUACAAAAAAUAAAAUAUUUGUAUUAUGAUUUGUUACAAAAUUUAUUGUCAAAAAAGCUAAGCAACGGUAAUCAUGAAUUAAAUUAAAGCUUGAAAGUAACUGCGUCAAAAUAAAAAACGAAA